GUACAUAUAAAUAGUUUCUACAGCCACUGCAAACAAAAUUCACCCUUUUGUGCUGCUUCACUUUUCCCAUUAACUGUUUGAGAGGCAAACUUGACUCUGUAGAAGUUCACAAGCAGUCGAGAAGACGGCCCGGUCCAUUUUAGCUUCCUGAGGAAGUACAGCCUUUGUUGGGCUUUCUUCACAAGGUGCGAUGUGUUCAGCCACCAGGUCAGGUCAGAUGUUAUGUGGACACCCAGAAACUUGAUGUUGUCCACAUGCUCUAUUCCUGCAAUCCACAAUGGCCUCCUUGUUCUUGCUGGUGUUCAGGACGAGGAUGUUGUCUAAGCACCACUGUGUCAGGUGUUGGAUCUCCUUUCUAUAGUCAGUCUCAUCAUUGUCUCGCAAACUUCACAACUGUGUUAGUGAAAUGAAUGGGAGAACAAUUGCGAGUAAAGACAUUGAAUAAGGCCGGGCUGAGCACACAGCCCUCUGGGGUGCUCGUCUUCAGGACCAGUGUGGAAGAUGUCCAGCUCCCCAUUCUUACCGCCCGAGGCCUGAUGGAGAGGAAGUCUCUGAUCCAGUAGCGCAGCGAAGUCGACAGACCCAGGUUAUGAAGCUUCAGAGCCAGCUUAUUCAGGAUCACAGUGUUGAAAACAGAGAAGAAGUCAACAAACAGCAUCCUAACAUAAGAGUUGUGAUGUUCCAGGUGGGUCAGAGCUUACAUCCUGUGUUGAACUUUCCACCUGUAUGCAAGCUGAUGUCUGUCCAGACCAACAUGGAUGCGCUUGGUCCUUGAUGUGCUUCUGAACGAUCCUCUCACAGCACUUCAUAAUUGCUGAAGUCAGGGCCACAGGACUAUAAUCACUGAGGCAAGAGACAAUCUUUUGGGUACAGAGGAUUUAAGGCAGACAGGUUGAAGAUGUCCAGAAAAACUUCUGCCAGUUAGUCAGGGCACGCCUUCAGAGUCCUGCCUGACAGCUAACACGAGAGUGAGUUUAAAUGUUUUGUUAAUAAAAACAUCCCCGUCUGAUUCUGCAUUAUAUAACCCUCCGGGGCUGCAUGUUCACAUCCGUCCGCUAGAGGGUGCUGCGGGCCCUCAUUGUAGAGCCACCCUCGUAGGCUCCUGACCCGCGUUCACCCGUACUGUACAGGCAUGGGGGAGGACCGAGCAUAGAGAACUAGUAAACGCUGUGGAGUUCCCUGUGCACACCGUGGCCAUGACUUUGACAGUACCGGCUAGCGGACGUUGCUCUCCCGUCUCCAGGCACCUGAAAGCGGACCGGUAGAGGAGGCUACACCGGAGGGAGAGGCAUUAGCUGACGCCGGCUCGAGUCGAUUUUCUGUGAAGGAAGACGCUUUGCCACAUGAUGUUUUCCAGUAAAUAUGUUGGUGAAGAAAGCCGGCCUCCAUCUUCAUAGCAGCAGGCGAAGCCCCUAAAUGACCCUAUCUACUCUGAAUGAGAGGGCAAGAUUCGACUUGUUUCAGACUCUGGCAAACCACCAGCAUUCUUUACCAGUAUAGAAGAUUAGACUUGACAGCACAGUUUUACCUCCUGUCAUUGGUUCCAGUCAGAGAAAACCACAUCUGCUUUCUACCUCGAAGGGAAAUAGAAAAGGAAGAAACAUCCAUUUACUUUCCACGAUUAGUUUCUCAUCUUCUUUUCAUUGCAACGUUUUACCAUUUUUACCUCAGGGAUCCUCUCCCACUGUCUACCUCCACCACCCAAACAGCCAGCCCGGUGACUGGAACACGGAGCAAAAAUACACCCGUGACCUGCCACUGUUGUUACCGUGACAACCAGUAUUGCCUCUCAAGAUCUCCUCAGUGCAACCGUGACGUGAGCAAAGACCUUUGACCUGUAACCACCCGCCAGCCCUUACCUGUUCACUGCCUAAAUAGAAGCGAUCAACACAAACCUGGUCUGCUUAUUACCUAAAGGAAAACCCUCAUUAACCUCAUACUUUCUACUCCAGGCAGACAACUGUAUACCUCAAACACAACUUCUGGAUAGUCAGGAAACAGAAGUAAACUUUCAGUCACGACUCACUAUCCUGGUGCUUUAAUCUACCCAGCAGGCAACACACGCUCACUAACCUGAUGCUUCAAGCCACGCAGUAGACUUCUCACUCUGGAAUCUUCCAAUUGCCUUAAAGGCACGAGUAUAGCAACAGUAGCCAGGUACUUGCACAAAACAUCAGUUCAUCUGAUCCUCAGCAAAGUCACAUCAUACACAAGCCUCAAGAUCUGAGCAGUAGCAGAAAUCAGCAAUCGCCCAGGGGACCCCUUUGGAAGUACCCCCAUCGCCUUGAGUUUGGACGUCUCUUUGGGACACCUGCGGAGUAGUGAAGCUACCCCAGGAAGAGCAGAAAGUAUUGGGAGCCUCAUGUUCUGUUACUACUCUGCGGGAGGAUGCAAAAAAUAAAGAACUGACUGUCAGAUUUAACAGAGAGUGUUAUAUGCCCGAACGACGUAAAGACAGAACAGAUCUGUAUGGCGUGACAGUGAAGAAUAAAAGAAGGAAACAAAACAAGCUUCUCCUACAGAUGAGAAUAUAAUGCUUUCUGCUCCGCCCACUGCGCUCCUCCCAGCCAACCGCUGCCUACAGUCUGGGAUGGUUAGCUACUGAGCGGGCUGCCAGUGAACGCUGAGCAGGCUGGCGAGCUCAGCAUCUGCCUCGCUGUCCUGUGAUUGGCUGCUGGAUGGGACUGAGGCCGAAUGGAGCCAAUGUCCAACAAGCAGGAUAGCAACUCAUCUGAGGGAGAUGAGAAAGGGUGGCCAGAUGUGCCGAAAAGAAAGAGAAAGAACAGCCAGUGCUCAGUGAAGAGCAUGUCCGCUCUUAGCGUCUCUGUUCCAGGGUACAUCCCCAGCUACCUGGAGAAGGACGAGCCGUGUGUAGUGUGUGGGGACAAGGCGACUGGGUACCACUACCGCUGCAUCACGUGUGAGGGCUGCAAGGGUUUUUUCCGCCGGACCAUCCAGAAGAACCUCCAUCCGUCCUACUCCUGUAAAUAUGAAGGUUGCUGCAUCAUCGACAAGAUCACGCGCAACCAGUGCCAGCUGUGCCGCUUUAAGAAAUGCAUCUCUGUGGGCAUGGCCAUGGACUUGGUGUUGGAUGACUCAAAGCGCGUGGCCAAGCGCCGUCUGAUCGAGGAGAACCGCGAGAAGAGGAAGAAAGAGGAAAUGAUGCGGAUGCUACAGACGAGGCCAGAGCCAGACACCGCAGAGUGGGAGCUGAUCAGGAUGGUGACCGAAGCCCACCGGCACACCAACGCCCAGGGCUCCAGCUGGAAACAGAAGCGCAAAUUCCUGCCCGAUGAUAUUGGCCAGGGUCCUAUGGUGCCCACUUCAGAUGGAGAUAAGGUGGAUCUGGAAGCCUUCAGCGAGUUCACCAAGAUAAUGACCCCUGCCAUCACUCGCGUCGUCGACUUUGCCAAAAAACUGCCCAUGUUUUCAGAGCUGCCUUGUGAGGACCAGAUCAUCUUGCUGAAAGGCUGCUGCAUGGAGAUCAUGUCGCUGCGUGCUGCUGUGCGCUACGAUCCCGACAGCGAGACUCUUACUCUAAACGGCGAGAUGGCCGUGAAACGCGAGCAGCUGAAGAACGGCGGGCUGGGCGUGGUGUCGGACGCCAUCUUUGAUCUGGGCAAGAGUCUAGCACAAUUUAAUCUGGACGACUCGGAGGUGGCACUGAUGCAGGCGGUGCUGCUCAUGAGCUCAGACCGUUCAGGGCUGACCAGCAUGGAGAAGAUUGAGCAGUGCCAAGAGGCUUACCUUCUGGCGUUCGAGCACUAUAUAAACUACCGCAAGCACAACAUUCCCCACUUUUGGCCCAAGCUGCUGAUGAAGGUGACAGACCUGCGCAUGAUCGGGGCUUGCCACGCCAGCCGUUUCCUUCACAUGAAGGUUGAGUGUCCCAAUGAACUGUUUCCCCCGCUCUUCCUGGAGGUGUUCGAGGACCAGGAAGUGUAACUGUACAUCACCCUCAGAAAGAACACUUUUGUGGUGGCUUUGGGAGGAGUGGAAGUUUGGCUGAAGGACAAGCGAGGACGAAAAACUGGAUUUUUUUUCUCUUCAAGGAGAACACACUCUGUAAAUUUCUUUUGUUGCCCCUUUGUGUGUGUUCUUUUGUUUCGUUUUGUUUUUUUGAUUUGUCAAGCAACUACAACAUCCGCCACCAGCAAGCACACAUCAAUAUUAUCAGAGGAAUGCAACCAGUCUCACUAGGCACACACACAAAGUACAAGCAGUGUAAAUACUUAUAUAGCUAUUCACACAUUCAUACACCAUAAAAAGUGUAUUUAUAUGCAAACAAUUGCAUUGCCUCUUUUUGCACCCCCAUGGAUACACAGCUGUACUGUUCCUGCGACUAAUGCAAACUGAGGGGCUUGGUUACGUUUCUACUAGCUGCACAGCCACCCAUCACCUCAGAUAAGUGCUUUUUUUGUUUUGUUUUGUUUUGUUUUAAUCUCUGGGACCUGAUCAUAAGCUUCUCUUUCAAUCCCUCACUUUCCUCACAUCUCCUUAACUGCAAAGGCAUCCUCUGUCCGCAGCCUAGCCCUCAACCUGCCAAGGCCCCGUGAGUCUUUGUUGACCUACCUCCCUCACGUACUGACCUCUCUCUCUCUCAUGUAUACACAGGCACAUGGUGUACAUGCACAAAAGACACCCCUACAAUAUUACCUCAAACAAUAUUACCUUUCUGAUUAGAAAACACAGAUUCAUGUAAUAUUUAGUCAAACCAUAUGCAAGCUACAUUGAGAAAACUUUGUAUGAAGCCCUUAUUUAUAUACAGAUAUAUCUUAUAACUGCAGACAUGAGAUGUUAUGGCUCAGUUUCCCAAGCAGGGAUUAAACCCAGUCUAAAAAAAACACUAAAAACUUUGUUUUCAGUUGAAAUCUUCAUUGAAUUUUCCUUCAAGUGUGGAACUGGGCUAAAUCCAUGUCUGGGACACUGAGCCCAUAGGUAUUAAAAACUGUAGUGCAUCAGAGGUUACAAGAUGUCAUGAACAUCACGGUGCUUUCUGUGAUCACUGAGUGUUUUGCUGUAGUGGAUUUGAUAUCCAUCAAUGUGCAGUAAAUUCUCUUUGUUUACUGACAUGGUUCGAUAUUCUUGGAAACAGGUUUACUUUCUUUCUUGCUGUGACUUAAAUAUAAAGUUUGACACCAUUCUCACGCAGUAUUUGAAGCUAACGCUAGCGACUGCUUAACAUAGCUUAGCAUCGUCACUGCCAGGUGAUGAAGGCUGUCCCAAUUCGAGGGCUGCUCCAAAUGCGGCCCACAAAUGCGUCCUCCUUUCCCCCAGAUUUGAAGGAUGGGUUGGGUGUAUCCUUCGUUGCCCAGCCUAUCCCAGGAUUCAUAGCGCGGCAGUGGCUGUGGAUGAUGUUUUUAUGUUUAGCCUAGUUGUUGUUGUUUGUUGGAAUGUUUAAAGCCAGAUGUUUUAUUAUUUCCUGUUUUGUGCUAAGUUAGUGUUUUUAUUGGCUGUAGUUUAUUUUUUAAAGGACAGAUUUGGAAAUUGUUAUUUUCACCAAAGUAAGAAAGCAAAGAAAGAAAUCCUGUUUCCCAGAAUAUCAGUCACUAUUACGUUAUUGCUUCUUCAGGAGUUAUAGGACAUGUUUUUAUCAUUUCCAUGUCAACAGUAGCAGCAAGGAGUUAUAAGCAGAUUUACUCUAAAACGUAUUUUUCAUUCAUGAUCUAGCAAAAUAAAAAAUUAAAAUAAUACUUUUUUUUAUUGUUCAUUGGAUUCAGUGGAUUUGGAUCAUCUUUACCUCCAUUAUACCCUAACUGUGCUUAAAGUAUGAAAGGCUAAUGGCCAGCUCUAGCACCGUUCCUCAUUGAGAGCCUACAGAAAGCACUGAUUUAGUCGUGGCAUCUUAAACAUCCAGGAAGAGAAAAGCUGAUUGCGACGUUGUUUUUCUACUAACUAUAGCAUACACAGGACGUCUGCUUAUAUUUAUACACAGCUGGAAUACCUCUCCAACACAUACCUCCUGUUGUCUUUACCUCACAUACUCAUAUGCAUAUUAAACACCUAUUUAGUUAUUAUCACAUGUAUUACCUCAGUUGUUUUGUGAUCAGCACUUCCUCCUCCCUAGUCGUGCACACUUCCUGUGUCUGUGAGUCGGUGUUUGAGUAUCCCAUUGGAUCCCCCUGCACUAUGGUCCGCCCCCUCAGCUUCCCACUGAUUUGUGUUAGGUUCAGCACUAGCACAUGGUGGUGGUUGUGGAAACCUCUUCAGGCUUCUCCCCAUCGCCUGCACCCAUUUCAAGUCCCGCCUGAAACUGGCAGAUUCUACCUCACCUCUCAUUUAAAAGGAGCUAGCCCUCUGCCUGCAGCGCAUACACAUAAACAUGCACAGAGAUAUAAAUAUACAGAUAUAUGUACUGAGAGUGCACAAAGGACUUGCAAGCAUGGACCCAGUGAGUGUCUUUUAUAUGGGCCACAGAUCAACAGCUGAAAUUCAGUUCCCCCCCUUUUUUUCAGACUUUAUCACACAAAAUUUGGGACCAAGAGUCAUUUUGAAUUUUUAUUUAAGAACCUAAAGUGACAACACUGCAGAUAUGAAUCUGUGAAUCUGGAUCUGUGUGCCGAUUGAACUUGGAAGAAGCUGUCAGGACACGGGGACAGCUGGAAACUGGCACCCCAGUUGAAUUUUAGCCCUGUCGGGUCAGCCCAAGAGACUCUUGUGGGUGGUGACUGGAAGGUAAAUGAACAGCAACUGAGUCAGCAGCAUCCGCCUGAGGAUAUGACUUUUUGUCCUGGCCGAAGCGAGGGAAACGGCGAAUGUGUGACCGUUGCAGUUUGACGCAGUUCAGGCCACCAGCAAACAUACGCAGACACGGGCCGAGCGAUGCGUCCCUGAAUUCUUCCCUCGCCAUCGCAGCAUAAAUGGAAAAGACUGGCCCAGAAAUUUACAACAUGAAUUUGACAUUGCUGAGACGAUCUCCACCAACCAUAUCCCGCACUGCCAUCCUCUAUAAAUGAUUAUCAGGUUUUUUUUUCUGUUGCACUAAAACCAUGCCUGUAUUCUUCAGCAGCCCUUAACUCCUUUCCUUUAUGACCUCUCCUAAACCUUUCCCUUUCCUGCUAGUCUGUAGCAUUCCCAAUAUCCUCCCUGAUUAUCUUAUAUAACCAACAAGGACUGUGAUGCGGCGCUGCCACUCUCAGUGUUACCAAUCUAUGUUGCAGGGUAUUUAAAUAGAACGUGCUUAUACAGGGAUACAAUUGCACACACACACACGGCAAUAGGAUGAUUGAGCUGUACAAGUUCAGAGCGGCCGUCUCCAGACCUGCUGUGUUUGUACUGCACUCACUAUCACUGUGAAUGAAAGCCACGCUGCAACCGGGCUAAGGCUCAGACAGGGUACUGCUGGCUUUCUAAUUCACACAUGUAAAUGUGCCUCACAGAGGUUGGUAGUACAAAUAUACACAAUAUAGGAGCAAAUAUUUAUACACAGACACAAUACAGUUAUUGUAUGUGGCAUUCGAGCUAUCAGUGGGUGAGUUUAUGCUGCCAGUUCCAAUCAGAUCAUGAAUCUGUCUGACCGCUCAUGUAGCACAGGUAUCAAUGUCUGUAAUGUUAAUACAGUUGUUUUUAAUACUUUGGACCUGAUGUACGUUUUCUUAUAUUCUGUAACUGUAACUUUAAACAGAGAAGUUUCAGAUAAUGAGUUCAGCGUAUGUACAAAUAAUCCUGCGAGUCAGAAGUCUUAAUAUGCUCAUCCCAGAAAAACAGCAAGUUGUUUAUCGGGAGGGAAGGAGAGCGUAGAAUCGCUUGUUUCAGGCAGUGGAUGAACUAAAGUGUUACACCGAGCAAAGGACGUUUUUUAAACCAGCUAACGUAAUAAAGAAACAGAGCUUUAAAUAAGCAUAACAGGGUAAUGUAAUUGACAUAUGAUUUGCAGUAAAUACAUUAAAAGGUUACCAUAUUAGUUGGCCAUCUGUAACAUCUGCUAAUCACCAACGUUCAGCUUCAAAGUGAUGCACUUCCUGUGUGGAUGCAUACAUAUAAUUUUUAUAGAUGCCUUGUGGAGAUCAUCAACUCAUGGCUGACUUGCUUUUUGCAAACCUCUUGGUGAAUCCCCCCCGAGUUUGAGACUGAGGUCAGCUUUGUGAUUUAGAUUGGAGCUGGCAGCAUGGUCUCUCUGUUUCUCUCUUUCUCUCACCCUCUCUCUCUCUUUCUCAGCCAAAUGAUCACUGGGGAAAUCCUCUUCCUGUCCUUUAAAAAGAGAAAAAAAACACAGCACACCAGCACCACAGAGCACACUGCCUUCAGCCGUGAUCAGCUGCACCAGCAUAGUGGAGAGACAGCAACCAUCCUUCUCACCUUCCACAGUCAUCAUCACAUAGCAGACAUGUCCAGGUCGCUCUUUAAGUCUGAUCUCAGUGGUUGGAAUUUUAAACUCUAAUGAGAAGUAGCUGCACAGGACGGUACCUUCAUUUGUUGUCUUGAUCGUCAUAGUGACCAAGUAUCCAAGCAUGUUUUCUGCAUGACAGCUCUGUUACUAAUAGCAUGGAGUGUCUUUUCUAACUUUUUUGGCUUCAUAAUCUCCAAGCAGUGCUUCAGUGACGAGACAAAAAACCAAAAAAUCAUUUUACAUUAAGAAAUCAGAAUAAAAGAACUGAUUUGUUCUGUCUGCUUGGACAUGGCUCGAGUAUUUGGUGCACUCAUGCAGGCGAGGCAGAAUGGAAAAUUCUUUCACCUGUGCGAGCCAUAGAGUCUAAAACACGUGUUCUUGUGGCAGUGUAGCAUUGUUUGACAUAAUUGAGGCCACUCAGAGGUAGGCUACCUCCGUCCGCUUCAUGUCCCAACGUCCCAGUCAAGCUGUAGAAUAACAGUCUCCAUGUUUUCCACACCAUCACCACAGUUUGCUUUCUGUGUCUGCCUCUGAGAUCAAAGGAAGGGUUAUAUUACGUUUACAAUCAACUCAAAUGUGAACUUGAUGCUAAGCUCUGCAGCUGCAGCCUGGCACAAAACUAACAAAUACUACUGUUUUUAUUACUUACCCAGGGAAAAGAUCCGUAAGCCAACAUCAUUGCUCUCAUCCUCACAUCCACCUUUCCCCAUCCUUCCAUCUCCAACCCCCCGGGUGUUUCCUCCGUAUGCCUCUCCUUCCUUUCCCACACACUCUCCCAGAAACCUGCUACGGCUCAUGCUAGCACUCUCUGGUGGAGAAAGACGACAAUCCCUGCAGGAAUAUGUCCACACGUGGAAUGUAAAAUACUGAAAUUGUAUAAUUAAAGACACGGUGUGAAGUCCCACACUCAUGUUGCUUUCGAUGUUGUUGAUGUUGCUUUUGUUGUGCACCAAGUGUUCGUCGUUCUGCUUUUUCUUGGGCCGUUGAGCUUUGGAGGUGGACAUGAACCACGUCCUGUGACAGACUGCUACUGAUGAGUCCUUUUAAGAAAAAACUAGUAUGUUUAUGAAAGAACUGUGUGAUGACUGAAAACGUUUGAGUGAUUUAAAGGAAGGGAUGAAGUGAAUGUUUUGGGUAUAGAGGAAUUUUUUAAUUUUUGUUUUUUUAAUGAUACUUUUGUCUUUAUUUGCAUCUGAUUUUUCUUGGUAAGUGAAUGUCUAUCUGUGUUGAUGCUUUACUGUGAGAAUAUGGCUGUAUAUGCACUUUCACAUCAUCAUUGGUGCAGUGGUAGCUAGUGCUCAGACAUCACCCAUGGGUCGGGUUCAGCUCAUCUUCAGUUUAGCCAACUGAAAAAGAAGCCAUAUUAAUAAAUACAAUUGAAACUUCUUGGAACAGGCGAUUGCAUUUUGGCACCAUAGUUGGCUGUAUCUAGCAGCUGUACUGCUUGCACUGUAAUACACACUGCUGUAUAAGAAUGAAUGAAUUGCAUUAUUCAAAAAUAUACGUUUAGUGUGAUAAGCUA